AAUCUACAUCUAGUACUUCUUUUACCUAGAAUUUAAAAUUUGACCACAUCGUUGACUGAAAUCGUUUUUAAAUAUCUUUAUAACAAUUUGGAAUUUGACUCAAAGUGAAAAAUAACAUUUCAAGGGCAUCUUGUGGGAUUCAACGCAAUACUUUAAUGUCAUGAGCAUUCCACCCAAAGUUGUGUUUUAUAAAGCUUUUAUUGAUAACAAAUACUUCAUUAAUAAGAAAAUAGAUAAUAUGCUAUUGACCUCAUGUAGGGUGGUAGUAGAUAGCUAAAGCUUUCCAAUUUAACAAUUAUUUAUUAAUUUAUGAUGUUUCAUAAUGUAACUUAUUUCAAAUUCAGAACAUGCACAUGUUUGAAAACAAACAAGUUAAAUUAUUCAAGAUAAACUUGCCUUUAUAGGCCUCGUCAUUGCCAGUCAAAAUAACCUUCCAACAGAACUUUGAUACGAAAAUGAAUCUAGUAUGAUUUUACAUCAUGUUUGUAACUUUGUAUUGAUCUUUCAGAUGAUUCCGAAAGAAAGGAAUUUAAGGCAAUUAUUGACAGUGCCGAGUUUGUAGAGCUGUUAAAGAAGCUUCAAAUUGGGCAGGUGGGAGAACCAGAGCCUACUGUCCGUACUGAUCAGGAGGAAGAACAGCCUAACAUAGAGGCAUCAGCAAAAAAAAGGAAGUCUAACCUCAGUGAAGGCGAGAAGUCAAAUAAAAAAAUGAAAAAUUUAAAGAAAAAGCAGCAGACGAACAUUGAGAAGGCUGCCAGUUGUUUGGAGUUACUUGAGUUAGAUUUGCUAACUUCCAGCUGCAUCAGUACUGUAUCAUCAUCAAAACAGUCUGAUGCAACACCAUCCACCCCGCAGCUGGUUGUCAUGCCAACGCCCAGUAUUGAGACCCAGGAAGUAGCUGUUCAUCAGCAAUCAUGCAGCUCUGUUCCAGAGACUAAUUUCAAUAGUCUUUCGGAUGAUCAAGACUUGACACAAUCGUCAACUAGGAGUUCAUCUAUAUUAGGACAAUCAUUUGAUGUCCUGAACAACACGUCAUCUUGUGCCACAUACAACAGAACUGGUCCAGAUGUCCAGUUGCAACAGAGGGUGGAGGCUGUUGAGUUAGAAUUGUCAAAGUGCUGGGCCUAUAUUCAUCAGCUUCAGAACCAAGUUUCCUGGCUGUAUAAUCAACAGCAGAUGAAUACCGUCAACUAUGGAAACCAACCUUGCUCUUCAGGUGCAACCACUAUCACAGAGUCAACGCCAGUUCAAGAUGCUGUAACAACUAACCAAAUGAAGGCCACAUCUUUAGAAAAUAGACCAACAAGCCUGGACACAACUACAACUACUGGCCAGAUGUCCUACACCAAGGAACAAUUGAAGUCACUAUGCCAAGGCAUAGAUGAUUAUUCAAAGGCAGGAAAGCGUUUGUUUUUAAGGCUGUUCAAAAGAGAGGAAUAUGUAGGGAGGAGCCUGACUGGGAAAGCGCCAAACAGAAGCACUCCAGCAAAGCCCCGGAUUGAGGACAGAGAAAAAUUACAACUUCUGUAUGAUGUGGUUGCUGAACUCUAUGGUGUCAGGAAGGAGUCACACAUCAACCGGGAGCUUGCUGACCUCCUCAAGCCAAGCCGAUGCCGAUGAGGAAAAUUAGCUGGUUUUAUAGUUCAUGAACAGUUUUCUGUAGUGUUGGGAGGAAAGCAAAUUAACAAUCAAUUAUUGAAAGGAAUACAGUGAACAAUUAAUUGAUCAAUCCAAAUAGUAUAUAUCUUCACUACUUUAAGAACAUGUAAUUUAUAGCAUUUCAUAUAGCACUUUGGACUUCAUUUAUCAUCUGCCAUUUUGACAAGGUGCUGUUAUGCAGUAUUUUCGUACAAUAGUCAAAAUCUAGUUAUCUUGAUUUAAGAGUAUACUUUCCUUUUCUCAAAAUAAGUGAUGACUCUAAUUUUUGUUGAAGUGGUCGAUUUUUGACUAUCAGAACACCACUAGUUUUCUGAAUUAAUAAAAUAACAGCAAUAAGAAUAAUUGUUUUA